CCGUUAAACCCAAUGGCCGUUAAGAUAGACGUUAAUGUGCUAUGUCAUAACAUUUGGCUUGUCUGUGACAGCAAAGGAAACUGGGGUUCCCCCCACUUUUCUUUCUCUACUUCAGUCUGUAACUGACACGACAUCGGAAGCAGCCUAAUGAAUUAAGAAGUCAUUCUUCGAGUUUUCUCGCCGUGAACUUCUUCUUUCUUGACAUUGAAUAUGUCCUCAAAUUUCCUUCUAAACUGAUUUCCUCUCCUCUGUUGAACCCUAUAGCUAAUGACUGAUCUGACAAACUUCCUCCUCCUCUCCACAGACUGAGGUGGUGGUGUGCUCACCAACUGUUACCCGGUGCUUUCUGACUCAAAACAGGAAUCUAACGUUGGCCUUAUGCUCCUCUCAAGCUGGUUUUUGAAACCUUGGUUUAAAUAACGGUUCGACAAGGACGAAAAUAAGUCCACGCGCAGUUGCUUGUGAUACUUUCAGUGAUUGUGGUUGAAUCAUGUCUGAGAUGCAGAGGUAAUAUUUCCUCUCAAAUUAACACCACUGACUGAAUUAUGCAGUGUCGCUGGGUUGAUUUAUUGCGUUUUUCAAUAGUUAGUCCAUUGUGGUUCUCAUGGGGGUUGCAUGUGCCCCUCGCUGCCUUCCUCUGAAUCACAGAAGUCUCGGUACUGCUUAAUGUCAGUUUUAUGACAAACCCUGCUUAUGGGUGAAGUGGUAUUUAAAAAGAGAAUAGCAGGGCUCAGUUUAAAACAGGUGUAAAACUGAAACUAAGAGGCAUAUACGUCGCUCUUUCUGCUCAUGUACAUCUCGCCAUCUCAGCUUGAGACUUACCAACAGAGGUGCACAAAACAGUUUUCCAACUUUUCCCUCUCUUUCUCCUUUCUUUUUUUACCCUCCCUCGGUCUCCCCAAACAACCCCUUCGAGUUUCUUUGCCCCGGUCCCUUUAUACCAAAAUCCACUCGAACACAACUAAAAAUUCAUUUUGUCUGACCUAAAUCAGAGGGUGUCUGCGCCAUGGGCUUAUUACACACUGCGCUUAAACUUGUGUUGUGGAGGAGGAUGGGGUAUUAUUAUCUUCCAGCUACCCACCCUGCUAUAAAAACUAGUGGUGCGACAUCUCCUCAGCGCAGUGCUGCUGCCCUCCCUCCCUUCCUCUCACUCUCUCGCUCGUCCUACAUGAGCUACACACAACAGUGAGCCUGACUCUAAACUCCACACUAGCCACUCAGCUACACAGACAGACCCAAGAAUCACUCUCUGCUCGCUUCUGUUGCGCCGCUUUGCUCCUCUCCAUUGGAUAUUCUACUCCGUUUUGUUUUUGUUUUGUUUUUUUUUUUCCCUUUUUAAUUUUUUUUUUUUUUGUGAAUGGGCAUCAGUGCCCGGUGUGAGGAGCUUGUGAAUGGACUGACUUGCUCGGCUGACUGACUGACAGACGAGCAAAGAGAGCGGCAGCUGUGUUUCAAUUAAAGACAGCGAUGCUGAGAGGUCAAGCGGGGAGCAGCAGAGCCGCGAAGUAGUCUGGACAUACAAAGACACGUGAGGGGAAUCGAGAAACUGAAGACACGUCAGCAGAGACAGAGAGAGGAGAAUGGUUCAUCACAGAGAAGAGGACCUGAUUGGGAUUCCCUUCCCAAACCACAGCAGCGACGUCCUCUGCAGCCUCAACGAGCAGCGUCGCGAUGGGCUGCUCUGUGAUGUCAUCCUCAUCGUGCGCGACCAGGAGUACCGCACCCACCGCUCGGUUCUGGCCGCCUGCAGCCAGUACUUCAAGAAGCUCUUCACUGUGGCGACCGACGGCGGAGAUCACCAUCACGCCGCGGCCGUGUACGAAAUUGACUUUGUAGCUCCGGAGUCUCUCACCGCCAUCCUGGAGUUUGCCUACACGUCCACUCUGACGGUGACGGCGUCCAACGUCAAAGAGAUCCUGAACGCGGCGCAGAUGCUGGAGAUUCCUUGCAUCAUUAACGUUUGCCUGGAGAUCAUGGACAGCGGGGACGGCGGAGGAGGAGGAGGAGGUGGUGGUGGUGGAGGAGGAGGGAGAUUGGAGGAAGGAGAGGAAGAUGAGGAGGAGGAGGAGGAAGAUGAGGAGGAGGAGGAGGAGGAGGAGGACGAAGAGGAGGAUGUGGGCUCCAGGAAAGAUGAGCAAGAGGAAGAGGAGGACAACAUCAGCGAGAGGUCACUGCAGUCGUCAGAGAGCAGGGGGGAGCAGACGCCUCCGGGGACGGAGGAUUCGCCGCCUCCCAGCACCUCCACCUACCAGCAACGGUUUGACCUGCACAGAGAGUCGUCCCAGCCCCGGUCCCCAGACACCAUGAGGGCAAAACAGGAGAGUAUGGAGACUCGGGCUCUGAAGGACUUUUCCAUUGAGUCUCUUCUCCAGGAAGGGCUGUACCCCCGCAUGUCAACACUGGACAGGAGGGCCAACUUCUCUCCUCUCCUGCCAGGCUUCUACCCCUCCAUGUGGGCUGCCGAGUUCCCAGCCUUCCCCCAGCAGCUCCUGGACCCCGGCCACCACCAGCAUCCCCACGCAGGAGCCUCGCCACAAACCAGGCUCCCUCACACCUUCCCCGCUGCCGCGCCGCUUGAGGCCUCCAGGCCUCUCGAUCUCGCUGUGAAAAGACAGAUCAUCAAGGAGGAGAUGAAAGACGAAGUCCCGUCCGGCCUGCUCCAGGGCGACUUCUUGAAGGAGCUGGUCAGCUCAGGCUUGGGCGGCGCCAUCAACGCUGGGUCGGCGCCAUCAGAGAGUCACACACUGGGUCCGAUUAAGGACGAGGCAGACUUCCGGUCGUACCUCAGCUUCCUGAGCUCGGCGUCCCACUUGGGUGCGCUGUUCCCUCCCUGGCAGCUGGAAGAGGAGAGGAAGAUGAAGCCCAAGGCGUCGCAGCAGUGUCCGAUCUGCAACAAGAUCAUCCAAGGAGCUGGGAAACUGCCGCGACACAUGAGGACGCACACGGGGGAGAAACCGUACAUGUGCACUAUCUGCGAAGUGCGAUUCACGAGACAAGACAAACUAAAGAUCCACAUGCGGAAACACACAGGCGAACGUCCCUACAUCUGCCUCCACUGCAACUCCAAGUUUGUCCACAACUACGACCUGAAGAAUCACCUGCGCAUUCACACCGGCGUCCGUCCGUACCAGUGCGAGCACUGCUACAAAAGUUUCACACGGUCCGACCACCUACAUCGACACAUCAAGAGGCAGAGCUGCCGCAUCUCCCGCCCCCGGCGAGGUCGAAAGCCAGCCGCCUGGAGGUCCACACCUACCAGCAACUUCCUGUGCCCCCCCAACGCUGCAACCAACCGCUUCGAAGAGAACGGGUUGAGCCCCGCAUACCAGGGGGUCAAGGGUCACGGACUUGGGGAGCUGCUCGGCCUCAGCAACAGGGGCCUGGGAUUUAAGAGCAUGGACGGCGCGGGCAGGGAGGGCAGGGAGGAACGGCGAGCAGAGGGGAAGCACGCUGCAGAGGAGGAGAAGGGAGGAGCAGGGAGGCAGAGGGGAGUGUUUGCCUUCGCCCUGGCUGGAGAAGAAGUGCUUACCCACUCUCCGUUUUACGGCGCGACCUCUGACCCCUGGACCAUGAGACUAGAGCGCGCCCCGCCCAUUCCCGAACCAGCCAAAUGAACUCUGGUCUGUAGGAGGCGAAAAUAAAAGACAAGAAAAUCUCGUAAAUCUCCGUGUCUGUUCUGAUCCAGGAAGCUAAUGCACCUUUUUUUAUAAAGUGAAACAGUGAUAUCAUGAACAUUUUGAAGCCUGCUGAUGUGGCAGUGGUAAAGCAGACAGUUUUUUUUUUUGUUUUGUUUUGUUUUUGAAAACACAGUCCAGUUAAAUAAUUUAACUAAAUAAUUGCUUCAGCGCUCUGAAUGUUUACAAGUACUUUCACUGCAUUUAAGAAGAUAUAAACUGCUAGUGAGGGAAACAUAUCAGAAUGACAUUCCUUCAAAAUUCUGGAAGAAGUAAAGAGGCAUUUAAAAAAAUCUUCAUAUGAAGAAGAAACUUACAUUAAGACUUGUCAGUUAGUUGGAAUUAGUGACUAUGCUGAAUGUAAGACACACCAUUACAUGUCGAACAACAACAACAAUAAUAAUUUGGAUCUAAUGAAGAUAAUAAUAAUUAAAUCUGAAAGAAAACAAGCUGUAUUUUUUGUUGUGUUUUGUUUAGUAAUUUUUCCAAAAACAAAGGAAACCCACUUGAAAUCCAUGUUUGGAUAUUAGAAAACGUGUUAUCAUCUUUCCACUGCCUUGAUCUAAGCUCCUCGUCUGCACUAUUGUACAUAGACACAAACUUUUGGCCGUGGUGUUGUUAAUUACGGUUCUGUUGCUGAUCAUGUAAAAUACAGACAAUAUAUACAGACUUCCAUCCAAAGAUGUGUUCUUUAAUAUUUCACAGACUUGAAUAAGACUUUGUUUUAAUGUUUAUGAAUAUGUGUCUUCAGAGGAUGUAUAUUUCUGAUUAAUCAACUGCCGCUUUAGCUACACAGUAAGCUUGUGUUUCGUUUCGUUUUCGUUUUCCUUUUUUUUUUUUUCCUGCUGUAAUGAAUCGAAUGGUUUUUGGCCCCUUUUUUUCAUAUAUGUCCAUCUCUUGUGUAUAAAGAAGUUCAAAAAAUUAUUUGAAUUGAAAUUGGAAAGUAUUUUCUUGCUAUUUAUGCGUAUUUAAAAUGAAUGAGCCUUGGCUAUAUUUUGCAAAUCUGUUUUAUAAAGACACUAAAUGUUGAA